UUUCAUUCACGCUUGACACUCCUUUCCUCUCUACCAGUAUUCCGCCGCCGUAUCCUCUGCCCUGUGACCAUCCUCCUCCGCCGUUCACAACGCCGCCUCUUUCACCGCAGCAGCUUCUGUCCGCCAUAAGUUCCCCGUGCUCUUUCACAAUGGGGUCGGGAAACGCAGACAUGAAGAAGAAGAACAAGGGAAAGGGGAAGAAGAAGAAGGGUAACGAUGAUUCAAACUCAGAACCUUCGCCACCACCCAGUCAUGGCAAGGCGGUUAUCGAUGACCCUCGAUUCUCACGGGUGCACACCGACCCUCGGUUUCGCGAUGCUCCGAAGCGCAAAACCAAGGUCGCCAUUGAUUCUCGCUUCGACCGCAUGUUCACUGAGAAGAAUUUCUUACCUUCUUCUGCACCAAUCGACAAGAGGGGCAAGCCCAAGAACAACACCAACGCUGCCUCACAACUCCACCAUUACUACAAAAGGGAAGAAGAAGAUGAAGAAGAGAAAGAAGACCAUGCUUGUAGUCAUGACGAGGACGACGAAGACGGCGAAGAAGAAGAAGAAGAAGAGGGAUUGAUUGGAGUUAAUAAUGAUACAGAAGAUGAGUCAGAAGAUGAGAGCAAUGAAUCAGAAUCUGCUGUAGAUACAGAUACUGAUACUGGUUCUGAUACAGACAUUGAUGAAGAAGAGGAAGUAGAUGAAAUGCAGGAAGAGGUAGCUGAGAUUGAGAAUGAAACUCAUAGGCUUGCUGUGGUUAACAUGGACUGGAGAUAUGUCAAGGCUGUUGACUUGUAUGUAUUGUUAAGUUCAUUUGUUCCGCCUAAUGGAAUGAUUAAAUCGGUGACUGUCUAUCCUUCUGAGUUUGGCAUUCAACGGAUGAAAGAGGAGGAAGUUCAUGGGCCCGUUGGUCUAUUUGAUGAUGAAAAUGAAAAUAGUGAUGAAGAUAGUGGCGAUGAGGAUGUUGUCAAUGAGAAGCUGCGUGCAUAUGAGAAGAGCAGGAUGCGGUACUAUUUUGCUGUGGUGGAAUGUGAAUCAAGUACCACAGCAGGUUACAUUUACAAAGAAUGUGAUGGUCUUGAGUUUCUACAUUCAUCUAAUCCACUUGAUUUAAGAUUUAUUCCAGACGAUAUGGAAUUCAAACAGCCACCUCGGGAUGUUGUGACGGAGGCACCUGCAAACUAUGAGUGCAAAGAUUUUUAUUCUCGAGCGCUUCAGCACAGUAAAGUUCAUCUUUCUUGGGAUGAGGAUGAACCUCUUCGAGCAAAGACCUUGAAGCGGAAAUUCACUGAUGAACAGCUUGCACAAAUGGAAUUGAAAGAAUUCUUGACUUCUGAUGAGAGUGAAAGUGAUGGUGGUGAGGAUAACAAUGAGACGGAUGAUCAGCCUGAUAAAAAGGAGAAAAAGAGAGAUAAGUAUCGUGCUUUGCUCCUUUCAGGCGAUGGUUCAGAUGAAGAUGGUGAACACGAUGAUGUCCAGGAUAUGGAGGUGACCUUCAAUACAGGUUUGGAAGAUUUAAGCAGACAUAUUAUGGAAAAGAAGGAUAAAAAAGCAGAAACAGUUUGGGAUGCAUAUCUGAAGAAAAAACGUGAGAAAAAGAAGGCCAGGAAAAACAAAUCAAAGUUUUCAUCAGAUGAUGAUGAUGGCGAUGAUACAGAUCAAGAAGCUGCUGAAGAUGCCGAUGAUUUCUUCAUUGAUGAACCUGUAGUUGAGAAGAGGAAGAAAAGUAAAAUUGACAAAGAUCAUGACCUUGAGGAUAUGGAUGGGGUAAACGAAGCAAGUAAAGAAGAGCUUGAACUAUUGCUUGCUGAUGACAAAGGGACAGAUACUGGUCUCAAGGGUUUUAACCUAAAACAUAAAAAAGGAAAGGGCAAAAAUACGGAGAAUGCUAUUGAUGAAGGGAAAAUACCAAACAGUGCGUAUGAGGAUCCACGUUUUGCUGCUCUUUAUAGACCUGACUUUGCAAUUGAUCCCACCAGCCCACAGUUUAAAUGGAGUGCAUCAUAUGCGAGGCAGCUAGCACAGAAGCAGCAGAAGGGUCAUAUGGAACCGCCAGCAGAAAGGGAACCUACAAAGCUUCCCAAAGGAACACAGUUGCCUUCUGAUGAUUCUGGCAUGAUGCAGAAGGGUGAGGAAGGAUUAGAUGUUUCGAAAUCAAAGAAAGAUGAGUAUGAGUUAUCAUCUUUGGUUAAAUCCAUUAAGAUGAAGUCAAAGCAAGUUCACUUAUCAUCUGAUGGUAAGACAAGGAAAGAUGGAAAAUCACAUCGUAAAGCUAUGGAGAAAAAGAGGCACUAGUUCUCAACCUCGUGGUUCAAUCCACACCCUUGAAUGCUGGAAACCAACGAAAUGCUGGUUAUUAUGAAUGAAAAGUUAGAUAGAAAAUGUGAUAGAAGAUUGAGAUUAAAUUAAUAGAGGUUCGGCUAGUUUGAGUUUUUUGUUAUGAACUUUCUUGAGUGUCUCUUAUUUGCGACCUAAUUAUUCAUUUGAAAUUUUGAAUCCAUAUAAUGCUUAUUUUUUUGUUAUAAAGUAGGUGGAUAUUUAUCAGGCA